AUGGAAAGGGAACGUACAAGGAAACGCCCUCGUCUCGCAUGGGACGUGGCCCCUCCCUCAAUGCCUGAGGCUCAACUGGCUUUGCCGGUACAUGGUGACGAAGGAAUUGAAAGAAAGCAUGUUUCACCUCCGAGACGGGACGACGAUCGCGAAGGACAUUAUGUCUUCAAUCUUGGCGAAAAUCUCACUCCUAGAUAUAAAAUCCUCGGCAAGAUGGGUGAAGGCACAUUUGGUCGGGUAUUGGAAUGUUGGGACCGCCAAACUAGAGAAUAUGUGGCUAUCAAGGUAGUUAGAAGCAUACGGAAAUAUCGAGAUGCAGCUAUGCUUGAGGUUGAUGUGCUUCAACAUCUAGCGAAGAAUGAUAGAGGAAACUCACGAUGUGUGCAGAUCCGAGAUUGGUUUGAUUACCGAAAUCACAUAUGCAUUGUCUUUGAGAAGCUUGGACCAAGCUUAUUUGAUUUUCUAAAGAGAAAUAAAUACUGCCCAUUCCCUGUGGAUCUUGUUCGGGAAUUUGGACGACAGCUUUUGGAAUCUGUAGCAUAUAUGCAUGAACUACGCCUAAUCCACACUGACCUGAAGCCAGAAAAUAUACUUCUAGUUUCUUCUGAAUAUGUAAAGCUCCCUAGCUAUAAGAGAGUUUCCUCAGAUGAAACGCAGUUCAGAUGCUUGCCCAAGUCUAGUGCUAUUAAGCUGAUUGAUUUUGGUAGUACUGCAUAUGAUAAUCAGAAUCAUAGCUCCAUUGUUUCUACAAGGCAUUACAGAGCCCCUGAGAUUAUACUAGGUCUAGGCUGGUCAUAUCCAUGUGAUCUGUGGAGUGUUGGAUGUAUUCUAAUCGAACUAUGCUCGGGUGAAGCAUUGUUUCAGACUCAUGAAAACUUGGAGCACCUGGCAAUGAUGGAGAGAGUUUUGGGACCUAUUCCGGAGCCCAUGAUCCGAAGGUGCAAUAAGGGUGCAGAAAAGUAUUUUAAGCGUGGAUCUCGACUAAGAUGGCCUGAAGGAGCAGUUUCAAGGGAGAGCAUCAAUGCAGUGAAGAAGCUCGGUCAUCUGAAGGAUAUUGUAUCUCGAAGUGUGGACUCUUCAAGGUCCUCCUUAACUAACUUGUUACAUGGCUUAUUAUCAUAUGACCCAACCAAACGUCUAACAGCUCGUCAAGCCCUCGAUCAUCCUUUCUUUAGGAAUCCAACUUGA